ACCUCAUUGUGAACAGCAUAAUUGGAAAUUUAAGUCCCAUGAUCUCAGAUCACUGCUAAAUCAGACAUCCCUAAUGUCAAUAUCCUUUUCAGCACAAUUCAAUUAUAAGAUUUUUAUUAAUUACACUUCUCCUAGUAGAUUGGCACGAGCUUCUGAUAGAGAAGGAGCCUGUAUAGCAGCUGACUGGAAAAAUCUUUAGUGCUGUCAGAUCGCCAGAUUCAUUUAUGCACCGGUUUAAGGAUUCUUGCCUAUUACCCUUGCCAGAAGAUUGCUCUUUGCCUACAAUAACAUCUGUUUUGCCUGCAAUUUAUUUGCUGUAUCCAACACGCUGACAGCCUGGGUAGCUAGAAAGGGGGCACCACAGCAAACCUAAUGGGAGCUCACUGCGCAGAACUGUGUUCAGGGUCCUGCUGUCUGCCGCUUCCAGGCGUUUCACGCAUCGGAGGAGCAGAGCUCUCAGUACUUCCUAUGCUCAUACACUCCUGGCAGCCAGGCUCAUCUUCAACAGCCUCCGCUGACAAGCAGUAACACCAUGGAGAGCACACAAGCUCUCCUUCUAACUGCUGCUGUUUGCUUUCUCUGCCAAGCCCCGGACCGCCGGGGUCUCCCCCAGCCCGGGGGUUCGCUGCCGCUGAUCCCGUGCCCGCAGGCGGCGGCGGCUCCGAGGCCGAGCACCGGCUGUACGCGACGCUCUUCCAGAGCUACAACCAGUUCGUUCGGCCCGUCAAGAACGUCUCGGACCCCGUCAUCAUCCAGUUCGAGGUGUCCAUGUCGCAGCUGGUAAAGGUGGACGAGGUCAACCAGAUCAUGGAGACCAACCUGUGGCUGAAGCACAUCUGGAAUGAUUACAAGCUUCGGUGGAAUCCAGCGGAUUAUGGAGGUGCUGAAUUCAUCCGGGUACCAUCUGGCCAGAUCUGGAAGCCAGAUAUUGUUUUAUAUAACAACGCAGUUGGGGAUUUCCAGGUUGAUGACAAGACCAAGGCCCUACUGAAAUACACGGGUGAAGUGACGUGGAUACCUCCAGCUAUCUUUAAAAGCUCAUGUAAAAUAGAUGUAACCUACUUCCCAUUUGACUAUCAGAACUGCACUAUGAAGUUCGGUUCCUGGUCUUAUGAUAAAGCCAAAAUUGACUUAGUUUUAAUUGGCUCUACAAUGAACCUGAAAGAUUACUGGGAGAGCGGAGAAUGGGCUAUUAUUAAGGCUCCAGGGUAUAAACACGACAUCAAAUACAACUGCUGCGAAGAGAUAUAUCCUGACAUCACAUAUUCUCUUUACAUUAGGCGUUUACCUCUCUUUUACACUAUCAACAUGAUUAUUCCAUGUCUGCUGAUUUCUUUUCUGACUGUAUUAGUUUUCUAUUUGCCUUCAGACUGUGGUGAGAAGGUGACGCUCUGCAUAUCAGUCCUUCUAUCUUUAACAGUGUUCCUUCUCGUUAUCACAGAAACCAUACCCUCUACUUCCCUGGUAAUUCCCCUUAUUGGGGAAUACCUCCUUUUCACCAUGAUAUUUGUAACUCUGUCUAUUGUCAUCACGGUGUUUGUACUGAACGUGCACUACAGAACACCCAAGACGCAUACAAUGCCUGUGUGGGUGAGAACCAUUUUCCUGAACUUCCUUCCCAGGAUCAUGUUUAUGACAAGACCCGCCAGUGAUGAAGAGAAUAAUCAGAAGCCAAAACCGUUUUUCACUUCUGAGGUUUCAAACUUAAAUUGCAUCAACAGCGCUGAAACCAAAUGCUGCAAAGAUGGCUUUGUAUGCCAAGAUGUGGCAUGCAGCUGCUGUCAGUACCAGCGACCAAAGUUCUCGGAUCUCAGUGGUAAUCUCACAAGAAGUACGAGUUCCGAAUCUGUAGAUCCUCUGCUUUCAUUUUCAGUUCUGUCACCAGAAAUGAGAGAGGCUAUUGAAAGUGUUAAAUACAUUGCAGAAAAUAUGAAAAUGCAGAAUGAAGCAAAAGAGAUUCAGGAUGACUGGAAAUACGUUGCCAUGGUAAUCGAUCGUAUUUUUCUAUGGGUUUUCAUCCUGGUAUGUAUUCUAGGAACAGCAGGAUUGUUUUUACAACCUCUGAUGGCUGGAGAUGAAAUGUAAAGAUAGUACGUUGUGACAUCAAAUAAAACUUCUGCCAACCAAUUCUGCACCCCUACCCCACAGCAUCUGAUAUCUCUGUGUGUAGUAGAAUAAGGAUCUCUCUGAGCCUCAACCUUGCUUGACCAACAAGUCUUGAUUAAAAAUGUGAAAACAGAAGGAAAAAGAUGGUGUUGAAGCUUUAUAAGAGCUAAUCUCAAAUUAACAGGAGCUUUGCUUGACAGCCACCUUUCACAAUACCUGGAAAAGCUGUAGGUGGAACAUUAAACUUCAUAGGAUUGGCUUAAGAAGGCAUUGAUAGAGAAACUGAAAAUAACAUGAAUAUUCAGAGUAAAGACAGGUUGAAUACUUUGGGAUACUGGAUUCAUUUCCACCAGUCUGGUGCCAAAUCUCUUCAGAUCACAUCGGGAUCUUCUGGGAAUAAGUUUGCAGUGAGUUGGAGGAAUGCCCUCGCGAGGACGAAAUGGUUUAGGAAGUGUACAGAUGGAAUUGCUGGAAUGCAGACAUUGCCACCUGGUGUACAAACUGACUCACACAGCGAGAGGAAAGGACCAGGAGCAGGUUUAUUCCAAAAGAAAAGCAAACAGGGAAAUACAGAGGUGGCAAUAAAGCAGCUGUAAUGUAAACUGUGCAUCCUCAUAUUUCAGAGUGUGGAAGACUGUCAGAAAAUCCAUCCAGCUAUUCAAACCUAAUAAUGUUUGAAAGCGUGUGCAAGUAAAACACACACUAAGAUACGGUCUGCAGGUUAAGCAAAGGAUCAAAAUACUUUGAUAAGAUAGUUUGGAUACAGAAGCAUCCUGCUAUAGCAAAGGGUUUUAUGACAAGGGAAGGCAGGUAGAUACAAGAUAGUCCUGUACAGUAUGCUAAAACUGCUUCUUAGGCAAAUACUUUAAUUUUAUUUUUAAUCAGUAACUGGAGAUAAUUCAAGAGCAUGCAUAAAGAAUGCAACAAAAUACUGUAACGAGAAAAAUGUUUGUAAAAAUAUAAACUGUUCUCUCUGUACCACACUGGAAACUUUUUUGGAAAUGCAGUGUAUCAAGUGAUGUAGCAUUUAUGAGAAUAAAGACAGUCAAGCUGUUGAAAACAGUGCUUUUUUUUUUUUUCAUUUAUUUUGAUGGAGUGAAGUUCAACACAUUCAGAACAAGUUACAGAAGUACAGGUCCACGCUUCUGAGUCUAUUAAAAUUACUGUGUUUCAGACAUGCCUGAUGAGAAGCUGAAGACCCCUAGCGUCAGCUAUCUUAUUUAACGGUAUUUAUCAUGACCAAAUUAUAGAAGUGACUAAAAGAAAUGCAUGCAUUUGCAAGAAUUAUGAGUUACUGGUAUAAAGAUUGGGACUCCACUGGCCAACAGGCUGCUGAUCAAUUACUUUAUGAUAUAACUGGGCAAGUUUACAAACAUCAUUUGACCUGGAGAAAGAUAUGAGGUGGGGAGUUAAAAUAAAUAUAUAUAUAUAUAUAUAUAUAUAUAUAUAUAACUAAUCUAUAGGUUUACUAACUUUGCUUUCUGUUCAGGUAAGAGUAAACUUCUGUACUUCAAAGCCAAGGACUAUAAAAAGAAAUUUUGCAUUUGAAGAGGAAAUAACGUGUCUGAAGUAUUACUUCAGACUUCCACACAGAGGAAGUCACAGAUGCAUUGUUUCAUCUGAGUAAUACUGAGAAAGUGAAAAUUAUGGUGUUAAUGGAUUAAAUCAGAUAAUCUUUGCAAAUUCAUAUUUAAAUGAGGAAAAUAAGGAUAUCCAAUGCCAGAUGUAAUUGUAUAACUGAGGAGGAAGAGUGACUCUCUUUAUAAUCAGAAUUAUUUAUAAAUUGGUAUUAAAAAAAAAAAUUAAGUUUGUGACUGGCAUCAUUUCCCUGCCUGCAGGCCUUAAAAAAGCUACACUAACCCAAGAAUGUCAUAUAAGCAAACCCAAUUUGAAAUAAAUAUUAAUUAUAUAUAAGUUAUGAGAUAAGCAAUGAGUUUUAUAAUCAGUACAAAUGCCAAACAGGACUGUUCUAAGGGACACACUGGGAGUGGGGAAGGUAUCUGUUUUCCAAAUUCAUAACCACUUUAAA